UUUAUAAGAAUGAUUACUGUUAGUCGGUAGUUUAGCAAAUAUUUCAAAGUGUGAAGGAAAACAUGCCAUACAGGAAACUUUCUAUGAUCGAUGAGGAUGAUGAGAGUGAAUUGCUUUUGGAACAUGAUUUGCUUCUAAUUGAAAAUGAUAUAGUAGAGAAAAAUUGUGAAUUCAGUCUUGAUGAAUGUUUACAACAUGAUAGACAAAGAAAUAAUGCUCGGCAAAAGCUUAUUUAUGCUGCGAUUCUCAGUGUAACUUUCAUGGUGGUUGAGAUAAUCGGAGGUUACAUGGCUAAUAGUUUAGCAAUUAUGAGUGAUGCGGCUCACUUAAUCACUGAUAGUCUGACGUUUGUAGUAGGAGCUGUGGCAAUUAAGUGGGCGAGAAAAGGAGAAGAUUUCAAGAUGAGUUAUGGAUAUAAAAGGGUGGAAACUUAUUGCGCAGUGAUUUCUAUUUUCGGAAUUUGGAUUCUUACACUUUUCAUCCUUUAUUCUGCUUUUCAAAGGUUGGUGACCCUUGAUAGCUUUGAGAUUAAUACCAACACAAUGCUAAUAGUCUCUCUUCUUGGAAUCGUUGUUAAUAUUAUAAUGGCAAGCAUUCUUCACGGAGGAUUAAGCCUAUGUAACAUCUUCAAGCAUAGCCACUCACAUGACACAGAUUUAUUGAUUCAUCAUCGGAAAUUAAGAUCAAGCGGCGAUGAUGAAAUGAAACAACUUCAACAUGGAAUCGAAAGCAAGUCACAAGAUGAUUACAAAUCAGAAAAUAUUAAUGUGCAAGCGGCUUCUCUUCAUGUUCUCGGUGAUUUCAUUCAAAGUAUUGGCGUAGUUAUUGUUGCAGUAAUCAUAAAGAUUUAUCCUGAAGCUAAAAUUGCUGAUCCGUUAAUCACGCUUUUGUUCUCUAUCAUCGUGAUCCUCACGACUUUAAAGAUUUUCAAAAAUACGUCAAAGAUUUUACUUGAAGCAGUUCCUGACCAUGUUUCUUAUGAAAAUUUAUUAAAUGAUCUGCAAAGACUUGAUGGAGUCGAUUUCGUCCAUGAUUUGAGAGUUUGGAGUUUAUCGAAUGAUAUUCAUUUGACAAGCGCUCAUAUCGUCGUAAGAAACCUUGAUUUUUAUCACGAAACUCUUCAAAAUGCUACUAAAAUGUUGCGAUCGAACGGUAUUCAACAUGUAACAUUGCAAAUUGAGGUGAAAAGGUGAAGUUAAAUGUGAACGUCCAGAAUAUUUUUUGAAACUGUUGCAUGGUUUCCAAAACAUUUGUAGAGAUCUACGAGCAAAAUUCACCAUGAGUCGGGUGAAAAUUUAACAUUUAUUUUAAUUUAUGCAUAUUAAUGUUGAUAAUAAUAUUUUGUCUCGUGAAAUUAAUAAAUAUGAAAGAGCUGUGACCUCUUAUCUAUUUGAUCU